AAAAGUUAAAUAAAAAAUCACCAAUUUUUUUUUACCGUGUAUCAUAUUUUUUCAGUGUAGUCCAUAUCCAUACCUACAACUUUGCCGAAGACACCAAAUCGAUCAAAAAAUUCCUUCAAAAGAUACAGAUUUUUGAAUUUUCAUGCAUCAUUUUUGUAUGGACAGCUGCCAAAUUUGUAUGGAAAAUUAUAUGGACAAAGUUAUGAUGCAAAAUGGCUUCUUUGGGCAUACCGAAGGCACCAAAAAAGUUUCAGUCGGAUUAAAAAAUACAAAAAAAAUCGAAUGACCGAAAUCUGAGAGAACUGCUCAAAGGAGAAAAAUAUAAAAAAGUUAGAAAAUAUGUAAAAACAAGAAAACAAAUAAAAAAUACAGGAAUGCCAAAAACACGAAAUAAAAAAAAAUACUUCCAACAAUACUCUUUAUUCUAAAACAAAAUAACAGUAACCAUAAAAAAGGAAUCAAACAACUAGUGCAUCCUGCUCAUAAUAGUGAAACUUCACAUAAGACGUAGUGCGUAGCAUUAUCGAAGCAACCCAAUCGUAAGCAUUCUGGAGAGUGCUGUAUCGAUCACUGACAACGUCUUUCUGUCAAUGGCCAGCCCUACUGCGUGAAAGUUUACUGCAAAGACGAUUCGUUGAAGUGAAUCUCCAGGGAAGAAUUAUGUUUGGAUUGUAAAUUGCAUAGUUUGUAUGUAUGAAACAAGCGCUUUAUGGAAAUAGCAGCUUGCACUAAACAAACAUGUUUGUUACUUCAGCUGUAACACGUUACUCUAGGGAAGACUGUUUACGAGAGAAACUUGUCAUGUAUUGAACAUUUAUUAUUGAAAUGAAAUAGUUAACUAUGUGGAGUUUAGGCAAAGCGUCAACAUUUUUAGUGCUUUUGCUACUAACAAUUUCAAGUGAUGCCUUUCCGACUGAAAAUGUCAAACAAAGCGAAAAGAAAUGUCAAGUUUCGCAGGAAUUCCUCAAAAAUCUACAAGUAAUGAUCACAAACGCCGUAACAGGCAGUGCGCAUUUCCCGCAAAAUGUCAACACUUCCGGCCACGGUGACUGCGAGCCGGAUCUGAAGGUGAUCGUGCGUUCGCUGGCGGAAAUUCACAACGAAACGGCGCAGAUUAAAGCCGGAGGGAGAACGACCGAGGAGGUGCAGGAGCUGAAGGAUAAUUUCGAGCAGGAGGUCGAGCAGUUGGCCAAGGAGCGGGACGUGUUUGAGUUGGAUUUCAAGCGGGAAGUGCUGAAGAGGGAGGGCGAGAUGUACGAAAAGAUUCAUGAGCUGAAGAAGAGUAUUCAGGAUUUGAAGCAGCGCAUUCGGGAAGCGGAGGAGGAGUUUUACGAGUUGGCGUUCGAGCUGGUUGGGAUACGGGUGGAGACGAACUCGAUGGACGGGAAGGAGGAUUGUUACGCCGGAAUGAUUCCCAAGGGUAGAUUUGGCGGAUUUUUCAAACACGUUGUAGCGAAUCAUGGUUACGGAACUUUGCUAGACGCGAUGAAUCUGCUGCAGCGGAUCUACGAUCGUAAGGACAUAUUCUACGAGUUCAUGGAAGAGUUCCAGGAAAGUCCAUCUUCGGCACAGAUUGAAAAUCACAAAAUGGUCCUAACUUUCAUUUGUUGGGCCACCAAACAAGAGGGUCGAACCCUUCAAAACUUUGUCAGUGACUGCAAUUUAUACCAUCUCUACAAAAUGACGACUCAAUUCUUUCCCACCUCAAACGAUGGGCUGCAAGCUGUGAGGUUGGCGGAACCUGUGCUGAAAAGCAUACCCGGAACUUGUAAUGGUCAAGCUAUAAAGUUCUACUUGAAGGAAUUUUCGGUGCAGAAAAACAAGGAAAAGCACGAAAAUUUGAAAAGGGCUGGCAAAUGUGAUCAGCUUCAGAACUAACUUUUAACGUUACCAAUAAAAAAAAAUUUCCGUGUAUCUUGCGUACGGCACAGCCGCUCAAGUUCGCUGCGUAAUUCCCACUGCAAAUCGCGCAUUUGACGUGCGAAUGGCGCUGCUGCGUUGCGCUGGACUCCCAAGUAACAAGCAAAAUGCCUUUACUUCUUAACAGGUUUUAUAAAAGGUUUGAAAUUUGCUUUUCUGUUUUAUGAAAA